AUGAAAUCCUUCCUAAAAAUAAUGUCAAAAGUUGAUGUUAGGAAGGACUUUCGACCUGGCGUGGCUGAUGAUAGUGGGAGGUGUUGCCAGUGGGUAUGGGACUUGGUAAUGGGUUUUAGUAUGAAAAAGGAUAGCAGGGCUAUUGACAGUGGAUUUUGGUGUGGAAGAAAAACAGUGGGUAUUAUUGCUAAUGAGUUUGGGUGGCUGAAGUCUGGGGAGGGGUUCCGGCCACUAGAAGAAGGUUGUUGGGAGAAAAGUUUUAGGCCUUCAGAGAGGAUAGUGGAUAUUGUUGCAGACGAGUUUAGGUGGCUGAAGUUUGGUGUGGAAAGGUUAGGUGUGGCUAUUAAAGUUAGGGAGCUGGGGGUUUGUGGGAAAGUUAGGACUGCUACUGCUGCCUUACCUAAGCAGGAGCAGGAAGAGAAAGAAGACAAAGAGGAGGAGGAUAAAAUAAGAAAUUUAGGGUUGAGAGAAUUGGUUAAUGGUGGAGAUUUUGGUAUUGCUAUGAUUAUUCAUAGAAUAUCUGUACGAGUUCUUCUAGGUUUCAAUAAAAACUAA